AUGGACUCCUCCACCCCCACCCCAUACGCAGCGGGAAUCUCAGACGAAGAACGCUCGUUUCUCAAGAAGGCGACGGACAGAGCUGUUGUUUACCAUGGGAGGGUGCCGUAUCUUAGCAAGCUGCCGUUCCGGGCCGUAGCGAUCAUUGUCGCGCUUGUGGUGGUGAAUCUUGUGGUGUGGGCAGCUACGGGAGUUGUUCUGGCAACACUUCCAUCCAGGCCCCUUAGAGCGCUCAUUUCGACCGCCGUCCUUUCUUGGACACUCGGUUUACGGCACGCGCUGGACGCAGACCACAUAUCAGCGAUUGACCUCAUGACCCGCCGUCUCAUAGCAGCAGGUCAACGUCCCGUAACCGUAGGGAUGUUCUUCUCGCUCGGGCACUCCACCAUCGUCAUAAUAACCUCCCUAAUCGUCGCCGCGACCGCCUCGGCCGUCUCGAGCCGCUUCGACUCCUUCUCACGCGUGGGCGGCAUAAUCGGGACGUCCGUCUCCGCGGCCUUCCUGCUCCUGCUCGGGGUGAUGAACAUGUGGAUCCUGUAUAAGCUGGUGCAGCAGAUGCGGAAACAUAUUGAUGCUAGGCCGGGUGAGGAGGAGCGGCUGCAGAUUCAUGGCGCGGGGUGCUUGUUUCAGCUAUUCAAGAGGAUGUUUAAGUUGAUUGACCGCCCCUGGAAGAUGUACCCCCUAGGCGUCCUCUUCGGCCUCGGUUUCGACACCUCCAGCGAAAUCGCCAUCCUCGGCAUUUCCUCGAUCCAAGCCGCCCGCGGAACCUCAAUCUGGCUGAUCCUGAUCUUCCCGCUGCUCUUCACGGCCGGGAUGUGCAUGCUCGACACCACCGACGGCGCGCUCAUGAUGAGUCUGUACACCAGCACCGCGCUCGCACGGGAUCAGAUCGCUAUACUGUAUUACAGCAUCGUGUUGACGAUCGUGACGGUGGUGGUGGCGGUGGUUAUUGGGAUUAUUCAGUUGCUGAAUCUUGUCUUCAAUGUUGCGGAGCCGAAGGGAAGGUUUUGGGACGGGGUGGAGAAGGCGGGGGAGCACUACGACAUAAUCGGCGGAGCGAUUUGCGCUUCGUUCGUCGUGUUCGGCGCGCUGAGCGUGCUGGUGUAUAAACCCUGGCGCCGGUGCGUGGAUCGUAAGCGUCAGCAGCGUGCGAUUUUGGCCGAAGACGAGGACGCGGAGCUCUCGAAUACUGGAUUAGAGCCGCUCGAGGGGCCGGACGGGGGUGCUGGUAGCUCGACCAACCGACGCCAUGGGGACGUUGAGAUUAUCGAUGUGGACGAAGACGAGAGUUUGCGUGAGCCGCAGCGACUGCAAUCGAGCGAUGGGCGCAAAGAGCAGCGAAAUGUUGCGGUUGAGGACGUAUUGGGGAAGGGGCCGUCGAAUAGAAGAUAG